AUGACUGCAGACUACUCUGACCUGACGAUCGUGCGGUGCACGCCCGAGCAGGCCGACAUCGCCAUCACCAACACAUACGAGGCUUGGGGCGAGGGCAUGCCGCUCGAGCCGUACCGCGCCCACUUCCACUCGAUUCAGACGGCGGGUGGGCCGUGGGCGGGCGACCGAUGGCGGCGCGACGCGCUCAUCCUUCCGCCGGGAGACAGCACUCCGCGCAAGGGCACAUGUUACGGGGUCGCAGCAGUUUACACGCGCCCUGAGCACCGCAAGAAAGGGUACGCGCGGCACAUGUGCCAGCUGCUGCACUAUGUCCUUGCCGACUCGAAGAACCUGCCUCCAUUUCCCACGGCUUGGGGUGCUCCGCCCGACGCCAAGGAGCCGGCCGCCGACUUUAGCGUGCUAUUCUCCGGGGUAGGGCGCGACUUCUACGCCAACUGCACGAUCGGGAACGAGCGACCGGGAUGGGUCUACCAGCCGAUUGUCGCCCGUACAUGGACCGUUAGCACUGCCGAACCGGCCAACCUGGAUGGCGUGGAGUUGGUCAAGCGUGAUGGCCUGGCCGCCGUCGAAGAAGAAAUGGGCCGACGCCUGGCACGUGAUCUAAACGGAGUGGGCGACGCGACCAAGACGCGUGUGGCCAUUCACCCUCAUGCCUUGCUCCGCUUUCUCGAACAGUUCAGCGGUAACAAGAAGGCAGAUAGCACCAACGCGCUUUUCUUCCCGCCUGAUGCGGAUGGCGAGCGGCCCUUCGUCGCCUACGUAAUCGCCAUGCCUGAGGAGGGUAAGCCUGAGCGCCUGAUCGUCACGCAUGUGAGCCACACUGCGCGCGCCAGUGUCCCUUUUGCUGCUGUUCAGCAUGUGGCACAGUUGCAAGGCGCCAAGGAGAUCGAGGUCUGGGGAGACGCAGGUUGGGAUACUGAGGGCUCUCCGCGCCUUGAGAGCGACGUGCACACCCCAGCCAUCGCCACAUAUGCACUCGACAACGUCGAGUGGGAGUACAUUGAAGAGUAG